AUGGUGUUGAGGUGGAACGACGGCAGCAGGGUCGCACGCUUCAGGGCGAUAUGGCUCAGCCUCGCCGCCUGGGCCCUCUACGCUCUCCUCAGGGCGCCGAACACGCCGGGCCUCGUCGUCAUCGUCGAAGUCGUCGAGGUGCUGCUCGCAGCCAUUUUCCUCGCCACCAUGGCGCAGAUGGUAUUUUGCCCGGAGCACAUCGUCGGGCCGCGGCCCGGGGGUGACGACGGCGAGGGCGACGCGGCCGUCCUUCCGCUGGUUGACGGUCAGGUGCCUCGCGUCACCGACGACGAUGAGGAGCUCCCCAAGGUGCAGCCGGCGCGGCAGUGCACGGCGAGCGCCCGGGUGGAAGGGGUUCGGGCCGUCGUCGCGCGUUCGUACGAGCACGGCGGCGAGGUCGACGGCUUCGUGGCAGAGUGCGCGGUGUGCCUGGGCGAGGUGGAGGAUGGGGAGCUCGUGAAGCGGCUGCCGGUGUGCCUGCACGUGUUCCACGGGAUGUGCAUCGACGUGUGGCUGCGCGGCCACUCGACGUGCCCGGUCUGCCGGUGCGGCGUCUCCGCACCGUCGGCGGGUGAGAUGGUGUGA